GUGUACACCAACGUCAGUCGGUGAGCACGGGUCUCCUCGACAACUCGGCUAUGGCCUCGACGCGCCGGUACGCGUCAUUCCUCGCGGCCUUUUGUAAUGAGAGAGUUAUUAAGCCGGUUUAAACACAUCACUAUCGAAUGUGGCGGGGCGGCGUGUUGUGAAAUAAAAAAUAAACUGUUUUAUGACUGACGAUUAUAAACAUUGGGACUUAUGAUUUCAGAGCGGGAGAUCCGUUUGUGUCAAAAUAUAUCGAUGAAUUUUCAAAUGAAGUGAACAAAGGAUUUUAAUAAGAAGAAGCGGUGAUAAAUAAAGUGAUGUAGCGAGCACGUCACAAUGGAUCAGUGGGUGACGGCGGCGAGUUCGCUUUUGGCGUUUCUGCUGUACUACAACACGCUCGACGCCGGAUUUGUUUACGAUGACAGGCGGGCCAUUCUCUCCAACCCGGAUGUCAUCGGGCACACUCCGAUAAAGUCUUUGUUCGAAAACGACUUUUGGGGAACGCCGCUCACCGAUCCGGGAUCCCAUGGCUCUUAUAGGCCAUUAUGUGUAGCAACAUAUCGCCUUAACUACGCCUUUAGUGGCUUUAAACCAUGGAGCUAUCAUUUUCUCAACAUCUUUUUUCAUUCCACGGCAACGGCACUCGUAGUAAUAACGGCAAAACGCUUGUUACCAUCGUACUGUAUGAGAGUGGGAACAGUUGUGGCUGGAUUAACUUUUGCAGCACAUCCCAUACACACAGAGGCCGUAGCGGGAGUCGUAGGACGAGCUGAUUUAGCCGCGUGUAACUUUUUUCUACUGAGUUUCCUUCUAUACACAGAACAUUUGAGAAUCAGAAAUGAGAGUCAUCGGCGAAACUGUCGCCACAACUACAAGCAAAUUGUACGACAUUUGGAAACCGUAGAUCAAAAUUUUCGUUUAAGUUGUCAUGGACUGGUACAACACAUAUUGAUGAAUGUGAGAAAAUUGCUGAAAGCGAGCAAAUCCGGACCAUUGAAAGUGUUGAAUGUUUGUGAAGUUCACGUCGAAUCAGUGCAGCUUAAUAAGUGUCAUUGCAACGGUUGUGCCAGUGAAGAUACUAGUGAAUUGUUGCAAUGGUGUACUUUAGUGGGGACACUUUUAUUCGCGACAGCUGCGACGUUGUGCAAGGAGCCAGCCGUAAUGGUUGUGCCUCUAUGUAUUAUAUAUGACUUUUUAAAAGACAUUCGACAGGAAGAGCCGUAUUUGAAGUGUCGGUGGCGUAGCAUCUGCGCCCUUGCCACGGGCGGACUCACAUUAUUAUACUGGCGAUUACGAAUUGCCGGUGCUCCAUCAGGAUUCGCCGCCGCCGACAAUCCAACAUCGCGCGAUGCUUCCUUUUUUACUAGAUUUUACACCUUCACUUACCUUCCAGUUUUCAAUUUUUUUCUCCUUUUAUACCCCUUUCAAUUGAGUUUCGAUUGGUCUAUGGAUGCCAUUCCUCGGAUCACAUCCCUUUUCGAUAUCAGAAAUAUGUCAUCGUUAUUUUUCUACGCCGCGGUGUCUAAAGUAACGUGGAAAAUUUUCACAAGUGAAAUAAAGAGACAACAGGAAAAGAAAGAAAAAUUUUAUAAAAAGCAAAAUAAGAAUAAGCAGAAAUGGAAUAAUAACUGCAAACACUACAGUAGGAGACAAGACUGCAGCGAAAGAAAGAGCAACAUGCCACAUAAAGAAAACCCGUCGUCGAAAAGAGCUUUGUGCCCAUGCAAUGGCUGUAAACACGCACUCACGGAGGAGCACACAAACGUGUGUCGAGCUAUUAACAACAAUAAUAUUAUGCAUACCUCUUCAUGUGUAUGUCCGACUGUAUAUGGCAAGACGAAGACUCAAAAUCAAAAUAAGUACUCUUAUCGCAGUCCCCAAAUAGCGAUGCUAUUAUUCACGGCAUUUAUGGUGCUCCCAUUCGUGCCAGCUAGUAAUAUUCUUUUCUAUGUUGGCUUCGUAGUUGCUGAGCGUGUUUUGUAUAUUCCUAGUGUUGGUUUUUGCUUAUUGCUCGGCCUGGGUGCGGGCGCUUUGACAAGAACUUGGCGGCGUAAUGAAUUGCGAAGCCGUAUUUUUAUGUUCACGUUGUUAGUGACUUUAUGCGCCAUGUGUGGCUCUACGCUACGAAGGAAUUUAGAUUGGCGUGACGAAGAAAGUUUAUUUCGAAGCGCCUUACAUAUUAAUCCACCUAAAGCUUACGGGAAUCUGGGCAGCGUUUUGUCUACACAGGGAAGAAUUGCAGAGGCUGAGGCUGCGUUUGAAAGAGCACUGAAAUAUAGACCGAAUAUGGCCGAUGUUCAUUAUAACUUAGGAAUUUUACAUCAAAAUCAAAGGAGAUACGGAGAAGCUAUCAAAAGUUUCGAGAGGGCAAUUUAUUUUCGACCUUCCAUGGCUUUGGCAUACGUGAAUCUCGGCACAUCACUGAUGGCGGAUGGUAGAUUAGCGGAGGCAGCUAGCGCGCUACGGGCCGGCGCUCGUGCGGAAGGUAUCCGCGUACGUGACCGGCGCGAGCACGAUGCGGCACGCGUGUCCGCGUUAGUGCAGCUUGCUGCUUUACACUCACAGAGGGGACACUGGCACAAGGCUCUUACAUCCUACAAAGAGGCUUUACAAAUACUCCCCGUCACAAAUGCGCCCAUUGUCGGUUGGACACGACACAACGUCCUAACAAUGGCGGGCGAUAUUUAUGUACAAUUGCAACAGUGGGUCCAGGCUGAGCACAGCGUUUUGUCUGCGUUAGCUCUCGCACCUGAUCACGCGGCUACGCACCUAAGCCUCGCUCAAAUUGUUGCUAGAAAUUCAAGUCGGAGUAUGGAGGCAGAAAUGUGGUUUAAAAAGGCAAUAACUUUAGCACCUAAUGACCCAUCGAUACGAGAUCAAUUUGGCAUGUUUUUAAGAUCACAACGAAGGUUACGUGAGUCAGCCGAGCAAUUAGUAACUGCAGCUAGAUUGGCGCCAACUGACAGCGCGCGCGCUGCGUCCGCGGCGCGUGCGCUCAGGGACGCGAGGAAAUGCCGGUCGGCCGAACGUUGGUACGCUAAAGCUGUGGAACUUAAUCCUAAUGAUGCGGAACACCACUCGAACCUUGGCGCAAUUCUGCACCUCAAUGGGAAGUAUACUGCAGCCGCCACUUCAUACAGACGAGCUCUUCAACUGAAACCUAACGAUGAAAUCACUAUUACCAAUCUCAAGAGGGUUAGAACACUAAUGAGCAAUCAACGGAAUAAAUGAUGACGUCAAUUGCCAAAUAAAUUAUAUUAAUACGAAAUGUUUUGUAUUGUACAGUCGCCGUUAAAGAUGCCAAGUGCGUUUUGUACAUUUAAAAUAAAUGUACUUUACUUAGUUGAAUAUAUAAUUAUAAUUCAAACUUUGUAUAAAUGCAGCAAAUGCAAAUCGAUAAUCGAUAUUAUGUCAUUAUUUUAAGCAAAAAAUCUUUAUCGGAGGCUGUACGACAGCGAUGUAUCUGCGUUAGUUAUUUUUAUAGAUAUUCGGUUUAUUAAUUAAAUUUUCGUUUUAAAAAUUUUAUAAACAGUAAUCAAUUUUUUCGUAUUUGAAAUACGUACUAUUAUCAUGUGAUGGAUAAACCUUAGUGAAGUACCAGAAGAUAUAGGCACGAUAACGAAAAAUGUUAAAAUAAGUUUCUUUGUUUUCAUAUAUAACUAUAGUAAUAAACUGAAUAUCUAGGUACAUAAAAGGAUCAAUUAUAGCUAUAACAAUAAAUCGUAUUUGAAAUUAUGUGUACCUAUUAUUAUUACAUAAAAUAUUUUAUUCGUACUCGUGUGAACUUUCAAAUGCUUCCUUAAAAUGAAAAACUAUAAUCGACCAACAUUUAAUUUAUUUUUUCUCUGUGUGUGAAGUUUUUGCUGUUAAAAGGGAAAGAGAAAGUAACGUUUUUAUUCUACGCCUCAAUUCCACGUAAUCUAGAUAAAACAUUUUUUUGUAUUCAUCCAGUUCGUUUAAGCUCUAAAAUACUUUGAAGAUUUACUUUUGUUUAUUUUUACAAUCUCGUAAUUAAGAGAGUUUAAACCGUACGUUUAGUGUAUUUACAAACGUCUAGUCAGAAAUGAAAGUACAAAUGACGUGCUAAAUGUAUUCUGUUUGACAGUGUAAUUUUGUUAUUUUUCAAUAACAAUCGAAAUUAUUCGAUUAUUGUUAACGCUCGCACGAUAUUAUAACUUCAAAUUAGCAGUUAUCUCGCCAGAUUCACUGGGUAUAUCUAUAUUUAGUUCACAUUUAAUUUAAUUGUUUAAAUUGAUAAUUAGCGAUUACAUUCCAGCUAUUGCCUGUUAAUCUUUUCAUUAUUUACAGUAUAUUAUUUCAAUGCAUUGCCUUUAAUCCCUCGCCUCAUUAAUUUCAGUUGUUAACGUUCCACCCUUAUAUUAUAAUCUAUGUAUUUGUAAAUAUAGUAUAUAUUUAUCAUAAAUAUAAAGAAUUUUUUAUAAGCAUUAUAACAUAUUGCAUUAUGACAGUUUUUCCCAUCAGUUUAAAUACUGCAGGGGAUUAUGUUUUUUAUUAAUUUGCUUUGUCUUCCAGUAUACUUUAAACAUUAUUAUUAAAAAAUGUGUAAACUUAUUUAAAAAAUAUUGUAUGUUAAUCAUGGCAUUAAUAAGUAGAACUAAUGCUUUGUAUAACAAAAAUGACUGAAUGGGUUGAAAUUUUUCAUUAUAUUUGAAUGCCUUUGUUGUUAAUAAAUUAAUAUGAAUAUAUAAGUUACAAGCUGGCAUCAUAACUGUGUCUUAUAUUUUUAUCAACGAACCACGCUUAGGUGUUUAAUUAAUUCAUAUUUUAUUUACUAUUAAAAUUAAACAUAUCUAUUCAAUAAGAAAAUAUCUCAUUCAUUGUUAUUUCGUGGUAAAUAUGUAAAAAGAAUUUGUAAAUAAAGUUUAAUAUGAAACUCAUGGCACGGCAUGGGGUGUCAUACUAGGUUAUAUUAAUAAAAUACUUCCCAGAUAUUUUUUGUCAUUUUCUUCUCAUUCUCAUACCUGUGACAAUAAAUGUAUAUUACGCUUUGUAGUAAUAGUUCAUAAUGCCAAAUUAAACUAUCAGUUCAUUUCUAUUUCAAUAAUUUACGGUAAUGUUUUAAGCAUGAAACGUGGAAGCUUAAAGCUUUUCGUAAAUUCGUUCCAUAUAAAGCUUUUGAUGCAAACAUCAACGUUUUAUACUAACAUAAAUGACGCAGUGCAAGAGAAAACGGCAACGUGUAAAGACUGUGUUAUUUGAUAUUGUUUUUUUAUUCAACGGCCUAAACUGCUCAUUUAAACAGAUAAAUAUGUUUUACUAUAGUUUAAAUUAAGAGACAAUGGCAUUAUGCAUAUAUUAAUUAUCUUUUACAGCUAGUUAUGAAAUACAUACUAUAAUUUUUGAAUUAAAUAGCCAAAUACAAAGUCCUAUAAUAAGCAUACUAAGUAUCAAAUGUGCCUCUGUCUAUUCACUCUCGACUAUUACUAUUGUUUUCUUGUAUAGUGGCGUACUUAUCGCAACUUAUAUAGUAUAAUUUUACUUUUUCAUUAUCUAUAUCAGAUACAUAAAAUGUGGAUAUGCUAAAUUGAAUUACGAAACGAUUUAUAAUAAAUCAAACUGUUGUUGUUGUAUAGGCGAUAGAAAUACAGCCUUAUACAUAUAUUAUCAAACAUUUAUUCACGUGAUAUUAAAUAGUAACACAAACCAAAAGCUAUGAAUGAAUAUGUUAUGAAAUUUUAACACACGUGUUUUUUUAAUGGCAAAUUAAGAAUUUCAGAACGUUUUCAGUCUCCGAUAUAAUAUAACAAUCAUUAGUCACAAACCAUAUAGAAAUAACAUAUUUCUUUACUUCAUACCUUCAUACUACUACUUUAACUAUCUAAUUUAGAAAUAUAUCUAAUUACGAAUAAUUUAUCAAGGAAUUGUAACCACUAUUGUUUUUAUACUAGUUAUAUUUAUGGUGUUAUGCAAGUGAAACUGCAAAUUCCCAAAGUGAUACUAUAUGUUGGUAAUUUUGUAAAUAAAAGCUU